UAUAUUUUGGUAUAUUUCUGAGGGUCGGGCCGUAUAUUUUAACGAUUAGUCCGCGGUCACACUGAAUUACACAUACAACAAAGACGCCGGCAACGAAAUGUCUGCCUCAACUAGUAGCAAGAAUACGCUUCUCUCCUCAAUCAUCUCUGGCAUACUGAGCCUGGUUAUCUUUGCCACACUCCGUUUCUGCGCCGACUGGUUCAAUGGAUCACAAUUGAAUGUCUUGGUGGGCGGAUACCUCUUCUCCUGGCUGUUCAUCUUGAGCCUCACCUGCGUGUCCAAUGCCGAAAUGCUGAUUUUUGGCCCGGACUUUCAGGCCAAGCUGGUGCCGGAGAUACUUUUCUGCCUGUCCCUCACGGUGGCCGCUGCGGGCAUUGUUCAUCGUGUGUGUGCCACAACUAGUGUUCUCUUCUCCCUGGUGGGUUUGUACUUUCUCAAUCGAAUCUCCAUCAAGUAUUAUUCCACUUCUGUUGUGCCUGUGGAUGCACCAGCACGAAAGACUGCCAAGAAGUUCAAAUGAUGCUGCGACAAUCAUGAAUCGAAUCUGUAGCUUAUGAUUUAUUUACUAAUGGAUAACAUAUAAACUAUAAUUACUACGCGACUGUCUCAAUGCCCGCCUCCGAGGUAGUUUCGUUGCUUUCUUCAGUCAAAUAUCUCAAUAUAUUUUGGUCUAUAAAA